AAAUGUCAUUAAAGAUCGGAUCUAUGAAUAUUUUCAUGGCCCUCAUCCUCUUUGAGGUUGUAUCUGCAACACAAGAGGUGCUUCACCAUCGAGAGAAGAGAGGGGCCAGGUCAUAUAAAUCCUCGUGCAUUGAAAGGUCAGGGAGAGUCUUCAGGGGUGAUGAAACCUGGCUCCGUCCCGCAGGACGGAGGGUGGAGUUCUGCCGCUGUGAGGAUGGCCGAAGCAGAUGUCAUAGUGUGCCAUAUAUAGACUGUGCAGAACAAAAGUGCUACAAUGGAGGUCGCUGUCGCCAGGCUGUGUACUCCUCCCACCAUCUCUGCCUGUGUCUUGGUGGAUUCGCUGGAGAACAUUGUGAAAUAGACACUCGGGCUACCUGUUACGAGGGCUCAGGGCAGUCGUACAGAGGAAAUCACACCCGCACAGUGAGCGGAGCAGUUUGUGUGAAUUGGAACUCUCCAGCGCUCAGUGGGAAGAGAUUCAUCGCACAGAACAGAGACGCUUUACAACUAGGACUGGGGAAUCACAACUUCUGCAGGAACCCUGAUGGUGAUGUCUCUCCCUGGUGUUAUAUAUUCAAAGAUGGGAAGUACAACUGGGAACACUGCAGUGUGGCAGCCUGCACAAAGGCCACCCCAGACUGUUAUCCAGAGCGAGGAACUUCAUAUCGAGGCUCUCACAGUGUCGCCAUCUCUGGUGCCAGUUGUUUACGGUGGGACUCUCCCCUGGUGAAGAGCAAAGUCUUUAGUGCCUGGAGUGGUAAAUCCCGCAGCCAGGGUUUGGGCAGCCAUAACUACUGCAGGAAUCCAGAUAAUGAUGUGCGUCCUUGGUGUCAUGUGAUGAAUGGAACUCAGGCUGGCUGGGAGUUCUGUGAUGUCCCUAAAUGCUCCACCUGUGGAAUUCGAAUCCCCCGGCCACAAUUACAGCCCCGAUUCCGUAUUGCUGGAGGCCGAGGAGCACAGAUUACAUCUCAUCCAUGGAUGGCGUCUCUCUUCCAGGUUUAUAGGGGAUCAGAGCACUUCUUCUGUGGGGGGACCCUGAUAGACCGCUGCUGGGUGCUGACAGCCGCUCAUUGCCUCCUAAGUGACAAGUUGACUGCCAACAAGAUCCGUGUCAAGCUGGGCCGGGCAAUGCGUGCUGUGCCUGGAAGUCAGGAACAAAGUUUCAGAGUGGAAAGAAUUUAUAAGCACCCACAGUUUGACGAGGACACCUUUGAUAAUGACAUUGCUCUUCUGAAGUUGCAGUCUACAUCUGGAUCAUGUGCCAUGGAGACAGACACUGCCAGGCCGGCCUGUAUGCCUGAGAAGGGACAAACGCUAGCAGACUGGACAGAAUGUGAGAUCUCCGGAUACGGAAAGCAGGAAGAGAUUUCUCCGUUCUACUCUGAUCAUCUGAAAGAAGGACACGUCAGAUUAUACCCCGAUAGCAUGUGCACCCCCAAGCAACUCGCUGAUCGAACAGUGACUUCCAACAUGCUGUGCGCUGGCGACACAAGACACCAAGAUGAUGCCUGCCAGGGUGACUCUGGAGGACCCCUGGUCUGUCUCAUGAAUGACCGCAUGCAUCUGUUUGGCAUUAUUAGCUGGGGUGAAGGAUGCGGGCGAAAGGGAAAACCUGGCGUUUACACCAAAGUGACGCGAUACCUAGACUGGAUAGAACAACACACAGGCAUUCGAAUGUAAUGAUACUAGAGACUUCGGACUUUGUAACCACUUUAAACCACUGAGAUGUCUUCAGAGACAUCAGGGACCAUAAAAUGUAUCGUUAAAGGGUACCUGUCACCACUAAACAGAAGAAGAGGCCAUUUCAUGUUCUGA